UGGAAAGAGGACGUAUUCGUGUCUCAAGAUGUCUCAUCGUAAGUUUUCAGCGCCACGCCAUGGCUCCAUGGCUUUCUACCCCAAGAAACGCGCCUCGCGUCAUCAGGGUAGAGUAAAGGCUUUUCCGAAGGAUGAUGCCUCGAAGCCGGUGCAUCUCACCGCCUUCCUGGCUUACAAGGCCGGUAUGACUCAUAUCGUUCGUGAAGCCGACCGACCGGGUUCAAAAAUCAAUAAAAAGGAGGUUGUCGAGGCGGUUACGAUCCUCGAAACGCCGCCAAUCGUUGUCGUCGGAGCUGUCGGUUAUAUCGAAACUCCGUUCGGACCACGUGCGUUGUGCAACGUUUGGGCGCAGCAUUUGUCCGAGGAGUGCCGUCGUCGUUUCUACAAGAACUGGCAUGCGAGCAAGAAGAAGGCUUUCACCAAGGCCUCGAAGAAGUGGACCGAUGAUCUAGGCAAGAAGUCGAUCGAGGACACUUUCAAGAAAAUGGUGCGCUACUGCAAGUUCAUCCGUGUCAUCGCACACUCGCAGAUUCGUUUGAUCAAGCAGGGACAAAAGAAGGCCCAUAUCAUCGAGAUUCAGCUGAACGGUGGCACCAUCGAGGAUAAGGUCAACUGGGUGAAGGAACACCUGGAGAAGCCGAUCCCGGUAUCGCAGGUGUUCUCGCAGGACGAGAUGAUCGAUUGCGUUGCCGUCACCAAGGGCAAGGGCUUCAAGGGUGUGACCAGCCGUUGGCACACGAAGAAGCUGCCGCGCAAGACGCACAAGGGUCUGCGUAAGGUCGCUUGUAUCGGUGCGUGGCAUCCAUCGCGUGUCGCCUUCACCGUUGCCCGUGCUGGUCAGAAGGGUUACCAUCACCGUACGGAGCUUAACAAGAAGAUCUACCGUCUCGGAGCGGGCAUCCACACCAAGGAUGGCAAGGUUAUCAAGAACAGCGCCGCCACUGAGUACGAUCUGACCGACAAAUCGAUUACGCCCAUGGGUGGCUUCCCGUUCUACGGAGAAAUCAACCAGGACUUCGUCAUGAUCAAGGGCUGCUGCAUCGGUGCCAAGCGUCGCGUCAUCACACUCCGCAAGUCGUUGCUGGUGCACACGAAGCGUUCCGCGCUCGAACAAAUCAAGCUCAAGUUCAUCGAUACGUCGUCGAAGAUGGGACACGGACGCUUCCAGACGCCGGCUGACAAGCGCGCCUACUACGGUGUGCUCAAGAAGGACCGCAUUCGCGAAGAGAAGGCUCAGGCCGCCGCGGCUGCUGCUGCUGCCGCUGCCAAGCCUACGGCAUAACGCUAAAAGGGUGAAUUUUGCAUCUUUGCUACGACGGACACUGACAAUUCCCAUGUGACCAUGGACGCAUCGUGCAUCUUAUGUCAUGAGUGAGGUUUGUGUCGGUUUAGGCGUACGCAAAAAUAUUUCCAAAAUCCAAUAAAAUGAAACGCGUUUCUGGCACCCAACGUGUGCAUUGGGAAAGCGAAUUAAACAAAAUAUCGCGUGUUGCAUAAAAUCUGCUCCUUUGAUGACCAGGUCCUUGGUUAUCAGUAUGCCAGAAACAGUCAAUUGGUAUUUCCAUGGCUGCAGCUACCCAUCCCUGGUGCAUCCCCGAUGUCCUGUAGACCCUGCGUCGCUGGAUCCAGCUAACGUCCAGUUAAUCUGCAUUUUCUGGAGAA